AUGAUUUGUGUUGUGGAGAUUGCCCAAUGCCGCGCAAGCUCCGCCCACAUUCCUGGUCACAUUUUGAAAGGUGACGACCUCGGCCCCACGCGCAAAGAUGAUUACCAAACUGUCCGCGUCCGCAAGGACAAGCAAGCAAAGGAUCUUCCGUUGCCUCCGUUGCUAGACCCUCUGGUCUUGGAACAAAGGUCGCGCUUCGAGCAGAGAAAGGAAAGACCAAAUGUAGCCAACUUCACGUCAUCCCAGAAGAGACUGUGGGAGAAUCCAUUUGCCCAUGCCUUAGCAUCGCCUGUGCGUCAAUGUCGCUCAACGCUGAUCUCGCUUCCUGUCGCUUUUCUGACGUCUCUCCACCCACGCCCUCACCCAACCACCCAAGAUCCAUGGCUUCUUCCCGUCUCACUAACAACCGACACUAAACAUCUUGGCCCGCCAUAUCGCUUCUUGGGAAGGCAACUAGUUGCAGCGCAGCUAGGCAAGAAUAAAGCAUGGGAGAAGGGAGUAAGCGCACGCAUGAGAGAAAAGCUUGGUGCGCAUAACUUGAAGAGCAUGGUCUGGAGAGAAGAUAUGUCCGACUUCAUAUUGGAAAUAAUGCGCAAGAGACUUUCCGAUGGCUUAACCUGGUACUUUGGAUUUAGGGGUCGCUUGGUCCCUGUUCUAAGUCCCCGGAGUGAAGACAUAGAGGACAUCGAGGAUGUAUCCUGUGUGCUCAUUUUUCGUUCGCUGCGCACGCGCGCCAAUGACAUAAAAGCCCGUUCAGACGAGAACAAAGCAGAGUUAGAGAAGUGGUCAAGCUACUUCGCCAAGAGCUUUGCGUCGAAGCUCGAUCCUCAUGCCGCUCCAGGAGUCACGCACACAUCGCCACACUGGUACUCAGGGCCUAUAGUGCCUCGCAUGCAACCUCGCCUACACUUUCCUGAGCUCGAAUUUCAUGUCACCACAUGGAGAGGAAAGAAGGUGGCAGUAUACAGCUUAUCAGAUUUGCUGGGAGAAGAACAGGCACAGGUGUUGGUGGAAGGAAGCAAAUACGUAAACGAAAAAUGUAUACUUCUCAUGCAGGCUCAAGCAUAUCCAGACUUUUCAAAGCACCGCAUGCUUCUAAAAUUGCCGGAAAAGACGCCACCCCAUAUCCUCGUCAAGCGCUGCCCAUUCCUGUCCCAGUUUUCAAACACCCAUCUCGUAAAUCCCUGCAACACCUCUGUCAUGAAAGUAGUCCGGACAUAUUCGCGCCAGAACAAACGAUCGAUCUGCGAUGAACCGCCCACCAAGCGAAGACGCGUCGAAACUGCGGUUCAGAGUAUUGAGACCGAGGUGCUGAUUCCUCCUCCUGCUGUUCCCACCAUAAAACAGCCUUCGCCCGUAUGCAACGAAUCUUCACCUCUGCCGUCGAGUCCAAAAGAGUCACCCGCCAUCUUCUCAGACGCAUUAGCUCGGUCUAGUCCACCAUCGUCACCAGCACCGCGCAGCUCUCCGCCGCCGGUCCAGAAACGGCGGCCUGUGUUUUCCAUAUUCAAGAAGCAAUCUAAAGCUACCAUAGCUAGUAAAGAGCCACUUAUAGAGCGGAAUCAAAAUGCACAAAGCCCGCCGAAGUCACCGUCAAAAAAGAAGCCCAUGGUGCAAAUGCAACUAGACUUGGCUUCGGAGACACGAAAAACAUGCAAGACGUGUGGAAUGCAAUACAUACCGUCCAAUCUGGAGGAUGCCGCGUUACACAAGAAGUUUCAUGCAACAAACCUCGGGGGUAUGGAUUUCACAAAGGCGCUUGUUCAACGACUAAGAAAAAAUGAAAUAUGGAGCGGGAGUGACGGGAGCUUCAUCGCAGUGGUCGGGCGCAAAGAUGCGCUCUUGCUGCGGAGCCGGGCGAGCGAUGUGCUGAAGAUAGUGAAUACCGAACUUGCAGCUGUUCCCAUAUCCGAUGAGGAGCUCUGGAGCCAGAAGUGUCAGCCAACCAGUACAGACACUCUGAUUGGAGAAGCAGUAUCCACCGAGGCCGAGAAGCCAGUGACAGACAAGCUCAAACCCGCCCUUGUCGAUCGAUUCAAAGUCUAUCUUUACAUCCGGGGUAGCAAAUGUGUGGGGGCUUGCUUAGCAGAGAGGAUCUGGGAAGCCUUCCAGGCUCUUGACCCAGAUGCAGUGUCUGAGCAAUCUUGUAAGCUCCCUGAUACGGCUCAAAGUUCAUCCAUUUCUAUCAGCAAUGAAUCCGAUCCGGCCAUCCUAGGCAUAUCGCGUAUAUGGACGUCGAAUCAGCAUCGAAAAAAGGGCAUUGCGACGAGGUUGCUUGAGUGCGCAAGAGCAAAUUUCUUGUAUGGGAUGAGGAUUGAAAAGGCCAAUGUUGCGUUCAGUCAGCCGACAGAGAGUGGAGGAAACCUUGCGCGCAAAUGGUUUGGCAGCCAAGCGGGGUGGCAUGUGUAUAUUGAUUAG